CCCUCCCUAAUAAAACUUCUCAGUUCUCAUUAGCCCUUAAUCAAUCCUAUUGACGAACGAAACCAGCAUAAAAGAUGGAUGAUGUUGUGCCUGAAGCUGAAAGCUUGUUGCAUCCAACAAAACUCAGAGGAGAUGAAGCUACCGAAGAAAGAAAAUAUUCUGAAGCAGCUAAACAAGAGGGGGAAGAAAGAGCUAGCGGAUUCAUUAACCAUCUCAUCUCUAACUUGGUUACAGGAGGAGAUGCUGAUGAAGUUAACCAAGGUGGCAAGGAGACAAUCCCUGAAGGAGGAAAAAAUGAAGAGAAGGGAGGGGGGCUUUUAGAUCAUAUUAUUUCAAACUUGGUCACUCCUUUAAGUCCAAAAACUGGAAACAUCAUUCAAGGAAAAGUUGAAGCUUUUGAUGCUAGAAGUGAAAAUGAAUCAGGUUUCGGAUCAGAGGAAGAAGUGGGUGGUGGUGCAGGAAGUGGAGGAGGGUUCAUCAACAAUAUUGUUUCGAACCUCUUUCACCACUCUGAAGGUGAAGUAGGAGAAAGUACUGAGGAAAACAAGAAGGAAGAAAUGGUGAAAGUUGGUGAAGAAAACAAAGCAGAUCUGAAAGCAGAUGAGAGCGGUGGAGGGGGAAUCAUUGAUAGCAUUGUUUCCCAUUUGCCCACAUCUCUUCCAGACUGCUGAAUAAGCAGAUGAUGCAGCUCCCACGAGUGAUGAGGCCACUAUUCUGAUUCACAUUGUUCAAGAUUAACAAGUGUUGAUGAUAAAGGAAUGAAUUACUAGUAUUUUAUAGAAUCUGAUUUUGGCAUCCCAAUUGUCACUUUAUAGAACUCAAUCCGCGAAGCCCUCACAUUUUGUCACUUUGGUGUUUGCUUUUCAUUGUAACAUCUACUGCGUUCUACUUUUCUUUUGUAUUUGAUUUGAUUUUUUUUUUAAUAUAAUUCUCCUUGUAAUUUAUUUUU